AUGCCAUUUCCGAAUAUACCAAUCGAGCUCUUUGAAAAUGUCCUGAGUUAUCUUGCACAGCCCGAUCUCUUUGCCUUGAGCCAAGUAUCCAAAGGUUUCAACGGUGCUAUGGUUCCCCGAUUAUACUCUCACAUGAUCCUCAAGGUUGACUUGAUGAACUUCGCGCCUGUGAGGGAUAGCAUGCCCAAUUACGAAAUCUGGCUCGAAGCUCUUCAAGGCCUGGUAUCCAAUACCCAAAACCAGUGCCACUGGAUCCAAAAGCUCACCAUUUGUGGUGAAUGCACGUUUGGGGAGAAUAAAGCAAAUGACCUUGGCCCCUAUGCCAACUUUGUUUCCCGGUCUACCGGUAUUCAAGGUCCUGUGCCUGUCCUCGUGAAUAAUGUGCUGGGGGUAGCCGUACGGCAGAUGGCCAAUCUUACCGAACUGGAAUGGCUUUCGGGGUUCCGGCCAUCCGACAGCCUUUUUAAUGCUUUGCUUUCUCUUCCUCUGACGUCCAUUUCCUUCAAUGCCGGGCUGAUGUUAUGUCGCUAUAAGCUUAGCUCUCUGUUUAAGCGCGCACCAUUUGACUUUCGCGGGGCCAAUUUAAGUAAGCUCCAGUCUCUUCAUUUUUUCAACAUCCAUGAUCUAGACAGUAUAGACACUAUUUGUCGCGUUAUUCUUUCAGUACGUUACCAACUGAAAGAGCUGAGCCUCCACUUUAGUCGGCCGCUCCCCAUGGAUGAAACGUUUGAGACUCCUAUAGCUGAUAUUUUACCGCCCUUGCUUCGUGAGCUUCUUGAAAGUGGGCAACCGUUACGGCUUCAACACUUGGGUAUAUAUGGAUGUGGUGAAACAGACCUUGCAUCCUUAUUUCAGGCUAUUGAUUUCUCCACCAUUCAAAGCUUUAGCUUUGUGGCUGGUUCACCGGUCAACUUAUAUUUGUGGGAUAAUUUGCGGAGCCGUAGGGUCGCACUCACGACUCUCAUGACUGAUCAGCCAGGCGAAGGGAUAUAUCAUUAUUUGCAAUCUUUUGGGGGUAUGAGGCGAUUGUUUCUUCAGUAUCUUUCUGCAGAUCUUAGAGUAUCCCAGCUCUGUGUGCAGCAUUGGCACACGCUUCGAACCCUUUUCUUACCUCCUGGCAAUCAAACAAUGCACAAUGUUCAAGCAGCUGCUAGUAGUUGUCCUAACUUGGAAGAACUUGGGUUAGUUGCAUACUCAGAUCACUUGUACGAGCUUUUUGAAAUCCUUGAAACCUGCCAUAAAUUGAAGUCAUUGUUCAUAUAUAACAACUUUAAAGACCCGGAUCAGCGAGAGCUCGGCCCCUUGCUUUCCCCCAAAGCCUUCAUUAAGAAAUUUGUGGAAUACUUUGCUCGCGCACCACGCCGGAGGAAGCGUGGGUUCUUUUCUACCUUCUACCAUGGCCUUGAGAAGAUCACUUUCCAUGACGCCUUAUGGGUCAUGAUGCCGACGAACGAAGAGAUUGUGAAGGGGUCGCUUUAUGACUACAUAAGCCACCAACAUCACCCUAAGCAUCUCAAACCACAUGACACACAUGUCAUUACCGCCAUUCAUGGUACCAAUCAUGGGGUGCUUGCUGAAGCUAGGGGUAGAGGUGUGAAUCGCUUGCCAGUUCGAGUGUCAUGGGACAGAUAUAGGGACAACGAGACCAUAAAGCGGCUUAUCGACUAUCUCAUCGAUAGAAACCCCGGGAGAAAUCUCUAUCCUUACGUUUCGACCAACCUGCUUGUGGAGCCGCGGCUGAGAUAUCUUUAA